AUGCCGGGGACAGUGGCAGACGGACCUACGGUCUCCAUGUCUUUUGCCAACAAUUUUUGGGGCAAAGAUGAUGCGGGACUUCAACCAAUGCUGGACCACGUGCAUGGCUCAAAGAUCACAAACGACGAGCUAAAAGUUUUCUACAGCAUUCGAGCCUCUAUCGAAGAUGAAUACGCGCGGAAACUCCAAGCCCUGUGUCGCAAGUCGUUGGGAUCAUGCGAGAUUGGGUCGCUCCGAGCCUCCCUCGACGUUGUCCGCGGUGAGACUGAAGCUAUUGCCAAGGCACACUCUGCUAUAGCGGGACAAAUGAAGACAGAACUGGAGGAACCACUUGCUGCUUUUGCUAGUGGAAUCAAGGAGCGACGAAAGAUUAUUCAACAGUGCAUCGAGCGCUUACACAAGACCAAAAUGCAACAGACACAGCUUGUCAACAAAACGCGUGAUCGUUACGAGCAGGAUUGUCUCCGCAUCAAGGGAUACCUCGCGCAGGGCCACAUGGUCAUGGGUCAGGAAGAGCGCAAGAACAAGGCUAAGCUGGAGAAGACCCAGAUUCAGAUGGCAUCAAAUAGCCAGGAAUACGAAGCGGCCGUCAAACAGCUCGAGGAGACAACUGGACGCUGGAAUAAGGAAUGGAAGUCAGCAUGUGACAAAUUCCAAGAUUUGGAAGAGGAGCGUCUGGACUUCACAAAGAGUAGUCUGUGGACCUACGCGAACAUUGCUUCAACCGUUUGUGUCAGCGAUGAUGCUUCCUGCGAGAAAGUCCGUCUGUCUUUGGAGAACUGUGAAGUCGAGAAGGAUAUCAUUUUCUUCAUCAAGGAGCAAGGAACUGGCCAAGAGAUCCCAGAUCCACCGCGAUUUAUCAACUUCUGCAAAGAUGAUGACUCAGGCUCUGAUAUAGAUGAAGCCGAUGGCUACUCGGUAGCCCAAUUCCAACGCACCAUGAACCCUGCAUUCCGCACAUCUUCUCCUCAACCCUCAACGUUUGAUUCGCACCAUGACCCACAGUCAGAUCUCGCAGCUCAAAUGGGACAUUCUUCUCCUCCUGGCGUUAGCCACGCGGCGCCAUCUCAGCAGCAAUCGCCACCUCAACAGCAGUCUAUGCAGCAGCAGCAUCCCUCCCAACAGCAGCAGUUCAUGUACCAGAAGCCUCCCACCCAACAGCAGCAGUUCACGCACCAGAAGCCUCCCACCCAACAGCAGCCUCUGAUGCAACAACAUCAUCAUCCCAUGCACCAGCAGCCUCCCAUCCAACAGCCACCCCCUAUGCACCAGCAGCCUUCUAUCCAACCGCAGCAACCGCCCCAAGAAUCACAGCCCGAGCAACCCGCGCCUUUGGACUUCCGCCGUGGCGGCGCACCGCCGCCAAACUAUGACCCCGAGCAACAUGGCGAGAUUGGAGCCGUUCCACAUAACGCAUACCCCACAGAUGGUAUGACCAUGUUCUGUCGUGCUGGGCCACCAUCGGAGCGAAGCUCAGCGACUAGCGCGUACCGCCCGUCUAGCCGUGACUCUCAGAGCGAAGCUUCGAACCCAACCUCCAUCUCCAGUGUCGAGGAAACUCCAACCAAGAAGUCUGUAGUCAAACCAACAAACAGUGCGCCAAUGCCGAUUUCGGUGGACGAAAAGUCAACCAAAAAAAGGAGCGCUUUCUUUAGCAACAGCCCGUUCCGUCGCAAGAGUCGCCAUGACAAAGAGAGGCCUGUCAUUGCUUCACAGCAAGUCGUCUCUCCACAGGCGGUUGUUUCACCUCGCCCCUCGUCUCGUGGUGGUUGGGAUUCUCCAACAAAGCAAAUGAGUCCUCCCAAGCAAGUAGGCCCGCCCAAGCAAGUGAGUCCUCCUGAGCAAAUGAGCCCGCCCAAGCAAAUGAGUCCUCCCGAGCAAGUGAGCCCGCCCAAACAAGUCAUCAGCCCACUCAAGCAAGUGAUCCCACCGAAGCAAAUCAGCCCACCCAAGCAAGUCAGCCCAGUCAGGUCUUCAGCAGGAGCGCCAGGUCGUUCCCCUAGCAGCCCGGAGCCUGUUGAUCCCCGAGCCAAUUUUCAACUCAAUGUCGGGAAUAACGUCUUUGACGUCGCAUCCCCAGAACAGAGCUCACCCCAGAAAGGAGCGCAGCCAACCCAAGCAUCCGAGGAUGACUUGGACCCUGUUGCGCGGGCUCUAGCAGACCUCAAGACAAGCGGGAAACAAUCAGCUACCCGAGUAUCAGCAGAUAGAUACCAUGGCAUCUCUACACCCACUCCGUCGAUGCACUCUUCCACCUAUGGUGGCAGCAAUUCCAGCAUUGCUGCUCCGCCACCAGCCUACAAUGAUACCGCAGUCAAGCGACUUGGCGCACCUCAACCGGCUUUCACAGCAAAGCAAAUGCACAAGACAACCCAGAAGUAUACUGGUCAAACCCAAAGUAUGCUUCGAGGACAAAACAACAGCAUGGGAUCUAGACACAGCGGUCAAACUCAUGAAGCCCCCCGAGCUAGAUCGCCAGCACCAACACCGAGACGAAGCGCCAGUCCUCAACCUCAGGUUGCCUCUCCCCGCGUGGACACUCGGAUGAGCCAGAAUAGCGGCAGGGGCCCGAGCCCAAGUCCGAGUAGUUACCAGUCUAACAGCAUGCGAAGUCAAUAUACCCGAUCGCCCACUCCCCGUCGUACUCAAGAACCACCCUAUACUUCCAAUGAUUUUGCUCGGAGAGCCUCGCCCGCCAUGAGUCACCGUGCUGUAUCCCCGCAGCCCCAGUUCAGACAGCCAGCUCGUCCUUCUAGUUCUGGUGGCAUGGAGCUACAAUUAUCUGGAAGCCACGAUAUGUACGGCUCUAGCAGUCCCGGUGGAUAUGGUGGCUCGGUUCGCGGAAGCAGCCGCCCCUCGUCGAUCUACGGUGACGGUCCGCCUACUGGCCGGUCCCGCAGCCGUACUUUGGCUGUUGCAGAGCCUGGACGUAAAUUCAGUCGUGAUGGUCGCCCUAUCUUGCACUUCGCUCGUGCCAUGUACACCUACAAUGCCGCUAUCCCUGAAGAGCUCAGUUUUGGCAAGGGCGAUGUACUUUCCGUCAUUCGCCUGCAAGAUGACGGCUGGUGGGAAGCCGAAGUCACCAACGCACGUGGCCACCCUGGUCUCGUGCCUAGCAACUAUCUGCAAAUCAUCUAA